AUGGAUGGUGGAAUUAACCCUGGACCAGUGGAAAGAAACGACAGCGGUACAUUGGAAGACGGUGAUCUUAGUACUUCUCUUGACUCCAUACCUACGGACGAUAAUAAAAACAGUGUUAGCCUUCUCUUCUCUACAAAGGAUGAGGUUGGAGCACUGGCUGACUGUUUCCAAGUCUUCAAGAAACACAAGGUAAAUCUCUCUCAUAUCGAAUAUAGUCAGUGCAAGAAUGGAAAAGGCAAUUAUGACUUCUUUAUGAACUGUGAAUCUCGUCACAGUACAACAUUUGAGACAAUGAUGGACGAACUUCGCACUUUUACAACAAAGUUAAAAAUCAUAACUGACGACAGCGCUGAAGGGAAACCAGGACCAGUUCCAUGGUUUCCAAGAAAGCUCAGCGAGUUGGACAAAUUUGCAACAAAGAUCCUUAGCUACGGCUCAGAGUUGAACUCAGAUCAUCCGGGAUUUACCGACAGUGUUUACAGAGUGAGGAGGAAAGAAUUUGCUGACAUAGCCUUUAAUUACAAACAUGGAGACGUUAUACCGCGAGUCACAUAUACACCAGAGGAAAUUCAAACAUGGACAACGAUAUAUGACAAGCUGACAUCACUGUAUCCAACACAUGCUUGUCGGGAGUUUAACCAUAUAUUCCAACUUCUGAAAGAGAAAUGCGGCUACCGAAGAGACAACAUCCCUCAGCUUGAGGACGUCUCAAAGUUUCUGCAAGACCGGUCCGGUUUCAGAAUUCGUCCCGUUGCUGGCCUUUUGUCACCACGUGAUUUUCUAUCAGGACUGGCAAACCGUGUGAUCCAUGCCACGCAAUACAUUCGACAUAGCUCGAAACCUAUGUACACCCCUGAACCGGAUGUUUGUCACGAGCUCAUUGGUCACGUGCCUCUCCUGGCAGAUCCUUCAUUUGCGCGGUUCUCUCAGGAGAUCGGUAUGGCAAGUUUGGGCGCCCCUGAAGAAUACAUCAAGAAACUCAGUACGUGCUACUGGUUUACGGUUGAAUUCGGACUGUGUCGCCAGGAUGGAGAGAUAAAGGCUUUCGGAGCUGGUCUUCUAUCAUCCUUUGGUGAACUUCAGUAUUGUUUGUCGGAUAAGGCAGUUGUGAAGGAAUUCGAGCCUUCCAAGACUGCGGAACAAGAAUAUCCUUUAUCCGAGUUUCAGCCCGUGUACUUUGUAUCGGCCAGCUUUGAGGAAGCAAAAGACAAGAUAAGAGCAUACGCGGACACGAUCCCCCGGCCAUUCAGUGUUAUGUACAACCCCUACAUCCAGUCUGUGGAACUCAUCAACACUCACAGUCAGCUCCUGAACUUAACACGGGCGAUGAAAGGUGAUAUGAAUCUUCUCGAGGAUGCGCUGAAGAAAGUUGGGAAAUCUCGAACUGUUAACAGUGAGUGA